AUGCCCAACAACUUUUCUUUGCGAAGCGAAAGAGCAGUUGAAAGCCCUUUUCCCAGUGAAAAGGAAGAACAAGCAGAUGACAUUGAGAGGGUGCUCAACUCAAUGAGCCGCAUGCUGCAAACAACUUGGACGGACGCAGAUGUGCACUUGGUGGGGCCAGGAACCUUUAAAGGUCCCGUCAGAUCGCUUCCUCAUGCCACAAGGACGGAGUUGUACUACACUUACCUCGCAUUCUGUGAGUCCCGCCAAAUGCAGCAUGCGUCGUACUCAACGUUCUUGCGCGUGGCUAACAAAAUCCUCAAGCCUGGAAUCCGAAACGGCCACCUCCGCUUCCGGAAGGUCAACGAACACGGCCAGUGUGAUACAUGUUUUGCCCUGCGUCAGAACAUGACUCGGGCCAGAACAACACAGCAGAAGGAGGAAGCUCGACAGGAGCACCACCGACAUGUUUUAGCGCAAUGGCUGGACAGGCAAAUUUAUUGGAGCUUUAGAUCCCUGGCUCACACCUUCUUUGCCACGCUCUUGAUGGAGGGAAUUCGGACAGCUGAAGCAUUGGCCGUCGCAUCUAGCUGCUUUUGCGUGGCCAUCGACGGGAUGGACCAGGCAAAGUUUUGCGUACCCCGCUUUCGCCAGAGACAGGCCAAGUCAGCGCAAAAGCUCUUCCGGCCCCGACUUCACGUCGCUGGUUGCUGGGCGCACGGAAGUUCUUUGACCUUCAACAUAGCCAACGAAGACUUGAAAAAAAACAGCGCCACCCAAUGUGAAAUCCUUGCCCGCUGCAUCCAGGACACGCUGAACCGCCACGGCUGUUUACCCCACGGCAUCAACUUGCAACAAGACAACACGUGCAGAGAAGGCAAAAACCAAUACGAUUUGGACCAAAUCUUUUCACAGCAAGCAGCCAUGCUAGCUCGCCACGAGUUUGCGACGCCUGAUGAUGUGGUUGCGCUGAUGGAUGACACCUUCAAACCCGAGUCAGCAGCCGACGAGAUCCGGAAGCAAUCACGGCGGGUGAAAGUUGAGUCCUACGCCCGCAAGCUUGACCAGGUUGCGGAUUGGAAGAUGGAAGAGAUUCGUGGCAGUCCUCCUCACGCGGCUGAUGUCAUACUCAUUGCCAAAAAAUACAUGGCAACGUGCGACCCAUUGCGGGUGAUAUGCCUUGUGCCGGCUUCAAAGUGUUGCGAGUUGAGGGCUUCGCUCCAGCAGCCUGUGGGACUUGAUCCGCGGCGACCGAUCUCAGAGAAGGUGAGAAAGAAUAUUCUUUCGGUUGCUCCAUAUUGUUGUGAGAAGGGCAUGAUUACCAGGGAUGGUUUGGCUUACUUGCUUGGAUGGGUUCAGAAUGAGCUCCCACAAGUGCCACGACCUUCGGAAUAUCCUUUUUUAAACCUCAAUCGAUACCCCAUCGACUUGCCAGAGGCAGUCGCAGGGGAUUGGGCUCCGCCUGGCCGGUUUCGUGUGUUCCAGCUGGUGGCCAGCGCUGAGGAAUCUGAUGACGAUGUUCCGGAAGAUGCGAUCGUCCUCGAUGAUGAUCGUGACUAG